UUUAAGUACAGACAGUCUUGUCAAAACUACUCUCUGUUGUAAUCGAGUGUACGCUAAAGGUUAGGCUGAAAAUGGUGUUUUUCUUUAACAGUUCCAACCUUAUUCUAUUAUUAAUGUUGAAUUUUCUACCGUUCAGUGAAUUCUCAAAGAGCAUGUGACAGUGAAACACUGAAAUCCUUUAAAACAAAGGUGUUAAUAUUGGUGCUUACCUUUUUUUUCUGUACAUUAUGACUACAGGGGCAUGAUUGGCAGGUUUUUGUGUGGAGUCACAAGAAUUUACAAAUUGUAGAGAAUUGUGAAAUGAAUGUUACAUUGGUCAUUUUGAAAGCCACAAAAAGCUGUCAUCAAAAUUUUUCUUUAUUUAAAAGCUCUCAAUGUCCAACAAGUGAAGAAAAUUGAUAGUCUAAAUAGUUUGUAAAUCUAUUUUUAAUCUUUGGAUUGAAAAUAAUUAUUUGUGCCCUCCCAUACGCUUACAUCUCUGAUUAUUCAUUCUUCUAGUGAAUCAGUGUCGAACACAUUUUCCUAAAGGGUUUAUUCUUUAGCUGUGUCUUUAUCUAACGCAAUAUCAUCGCCUUAAAAUCAAUAACGCUUUAACAAGGCAAUCCUUAAUCCAAACAGCAGAUCUUUGGAUUAUAAAAUAAUGUUUUGGUGUAUAAGCUCUUGUGCUUUCACAUUCAUGGUCAAGAAAACAGUGGUAAGCUCUUAAGCUAUUAAAGGCCAGUUUAGACAGAGAUUAAGUACUAUGUCUUAGACUAAUUACCUGUAGAGAGUCCCCAUUGAAAAUACCCUUUUAGUCUAGUGCUUGGCUUAAUCUGUUGGAGAACUGGCCCAUAAAUGAUACUCUAGAGAAGAGAUUGUUGGCUGUUAUAACAUUUACUGAAAACACCUCAUCUGGUGGUGCUAAAUCUUUGGGGUCACUUUAUUUUUUUCCUAAAUAAAUAAGGUGCUUUUUGAAGGGUGGGGUUUCUGUUUGCAGGUUGUGGUGUUACACAAGUUUAGAAGCUUUUUGUCUUGUUUGUGAGUUUAAUGCCAGACCAGUGUAAAUAUAUGCAUUGGUAGAAGCUAUUUGAGAAACAGCCAGGUUAUACAUUUACACUUUAAAUGAUCGACCACCAGAGGUUAAAAACACUGCUAAUCAGUGCACCACUUUGUCAAAAAUGUCAAAGGACUGUAUGUUGACAAUAGUGUCCACUUUGGUGCCCAAAUGUAUUAAGCUCAGUUAAGCGUGCUGAACUAGGAACGGUUUCAUUUUGUCCAUAUCAUUGUAUUUGUCUGGAUGUGAACAACAAAAACUGAACCCUGAUCAAGUCUAACUAAUGCAACUCAAAAUGAAGGCACCCAGGUAGACUGUUCUGCAGGUUUUUCAUGACACAACUUCACAUUUUUAAAUAUAUAGUAUAUAUUUUUUACAUUUGCUUUAGAAAUAUGGUUAUUUUACAAAUAAUUUGAUCUCAAAGCCAGCAAAAAUAUUGGAUGAAGUUUUCUAUUUUACUAAGACAGUUAUUUGCCUGAUUGUUUUCUCACAUUUAAUAAAUGUAAUCUAUAGAGGCACAGGCUUUUUUGUACUUUAUGCAGUUUGAGUGCUUGGAUCUAAUUUCUUUGAGAGAAGAUUCCCUCAAAGUGGGCUUAAUUUUAUAAAUUGAUUAAUAAAAUUCCAUCUUUGAUCAAAUGCUUCUGGGGUUUCUUGUGAAUGCUUGCAAGUACGUAAGUCUGAUAUGGAAAUAUGGAGAUUUGACUCAAGUGGAAGUGUAUUGGGAUGGAACCACCAUCUCAUUUCGCAUCACAAUAGUUUUCAAGGACAGUGCUAACUCAAGGACGCUUCACAAUCACACUCGCCCCCCAGGGGCUAUGCUGCAUGCAUGAGAUUUACGGCUGUUGAGACAAAACCUUUUAUGUAUAUACAAAAAGACAACUGUAACUUCUAUAAUGUACGAUUUUUUUCCCUCAAUUUUUCUGGAAACUAUUGGAGACAAUUUGGAGACAAAGUUUUAUUCCUUCAGUGAUUAAAAUGUUUGGGCACCCCUGGUUAAAAUUACAUGUUGUGAUGAAAAAAAGUUAACACAUCCUCUACAGAGAACAUACUACUGCACAUUUUAAUGCACAGUAACUGUGUAUUUGCAGAAUUUUGGGGGGGUGGGGGGAAUAAAACAUAAAACCCUGCAGAAUUGAGCUACAACACUAAAAUAACACACAUCAUCCAGGUACUGAAGGCUUUUAGAGGCAUCUGAAUAUUAGAGGCAGGUGUGUUGGAUCUGAACUUUCCAGGGUGGUAGAUCUCCAGGACCAGGACUGAGCACCCCUGCUGUAGAGGAUGUUAACUUAUUUUGACUUAGAAAAUCAAUAAAACAUAAUUUGACCAGAAGUGUUCAACAUUUUUGCAUGGGACUGUAUAUGUAAUCCAAAAAUGUACCAGAUGUCAAAAUGAAUAAUGAAAUAUACCAGCUGACAAAAUGAAUGAAGUCUUGUUACGUUUUUUUUUUGUUUUAUUUCUCCUGUGAAGUUACCAUUUAUAUUUUUAUAUAUAGGAUUAUAAUUUAUUAAUUAUAAUUUAAUGUAUGGGGGGAAGUGCACUGUGUAACUGAGCUGGACAAUAAAGCUUCUAAUGUUCAGGGUUUAUGAACUUAAAGGCGAGUUAGUCUAAGAAACUAACAUACUGGGACAGUUCUCAUUGUACAGCGCAGUAUUGUAUGGUUUGCCGUCAUUUGGCAUUAAAAUGGUUGAAAUAUCUGCUGUGCUUUUCUGACAACUUCUGAAUUGAGCGGCUGACGUAACAACCGCGAAGACUUUACACAUAGCGAUGCGAGAUUUCCUUCAACAUUUAUGAGAUAAAACGAAAUUGCAGUUAACAUCGCAAAUGUCCAGAACAUGUUGGUAAAUAAAGUGCAUUGUGUCCGGUUUGUCAUAACCGGUGCGCGGGUACGCGCAGGCGCGCCACCGGCUCUCCGCGCGCCUAUUGCGUGGCCUUUGAACCCAUUGUUGUGUCGCGGGUGACGUCAGCGCCGUGUGCGCGAGAGACGGGCAGAGCGGCGAGCGUGCGCGUGGCGAGACAAAGACGGCGGAGCGGAGAAACGGGAGAGAGACGAGACACGGGCUCGGUGCGUGUCUGUUUUUGUUUUUGUGGGGCUCUGCGCGUAUGGAAAUGUGAAGAACUGUGCGAACGGAUGCACUGAGCGAUGUCAUAGCGAGAAGAUUAUUUUUAAAUUUAAUUUAUUUUUUUCCGCGAGCUGACGACUCCCGGUUUUUCUCCACUCCGUAUGGUUUUUAAAUCUUUUCUCCAACGCCCCCCAAAAUUAGCAGGACUCCGCUAACCUUAGCCCGAACUGCUUCACAUUUUUGUUCCUUGUCUGAAUCAAAAGAAAGGAGGAAGAGGCUGCCCAGAGAGAACCGCUCCCGCCCCAAGAGCCACUCCAGAGUCUGAUGGUCAUCCACGGGGACUGAGUUACUAUGCCUAGCCCCCUGUUCCACCCUGAGAUUAUGGAUCACGACUUGGUAGUGAGCGGCCAGCAGAACGGGGUCACUCUGGCCAGGGAAACGGACCCGGAGUCCCGGGACGAGGACCACCAGGAAGCGCUCCGCUUCGCCCUGGACCAGCUGUCACUCAUGGGGUUGGACAAAGUAGAUCCGCUGGACGGAACAACGGGAACUACCGUGUCCGAGAACUGCAACGGUGGAGGAGGAGUAGGAGGAGGAGGAAGCGGUGGUAGUAGCGGAGGCUACGUCGACCUCCAGAUGCUGGAGCACCCUGGCGGAUCUCGCGAGUCACCCACCUCGUGCUCCCCGUCUCCGGAGUACUAUGGCCCGGGCGGCUACCACAUAGGCGGCCCGCACUCUCACUCUCACGCGGUACUUGGCGAACAGAGCUCGGUGCUGUGUAGCCGAAAGAGGAGCGUCAACAUGACCGAGUGUGUGCCUGUCCCCAGCUCGGAGCACGUUGCAGAAAUCGUAGGACGGCAAGGUUGUAAGAUCAAAGCCCUGCGUGCAAAGACCAACACUUACAUCAAGACACCCGUCCGAGGAGAAGACCCUGUAUUCAUUGUGACUGGCCGGCGUGAGGAUGUCGAAAUGGCCAAACGGGAGAUAAUCUCUGCCGCAGAGCACUUCUCCAUGAUCCGUGCUUCUCGCUGCAAAGCUGGUGCCGGAGGCAGCGGUGGGGGUUCCCUCCCCGGUCCCCCUCAUCUGCCGGGCCAGACCACCAUCCAAGUGCGCGUUCCUUACCGGGUGGUAGGCCUGGUGGUGGGGCCUAAAGGAGCUACAAUCAAACGCAUCCAGCAGCAGACGCACACGUACAUUGUGACUCCGAGUCGGGAGAAGGACCCCGUUUUUGAGGUGACGGGGAUGCCGGAGAACGUAGACAGAGCACGGGAAGAGAUCGAGACGCACAUCACUCUCCGCACGGGCGCGUUUGUGGACCUGCAGGGUGACAACGACUUCCAUAGUAACGGCACCGACGUCAGCCUGGAGGGUCUGGGUUCACUGGGGCUUGGUGGUACUUUAUGGUCCCGCAGCGGCGGCCAUGGCCACACCACCCAACCUCCUCCACCUCCUCCUCCUCCGCCUCCUCUUCCUCUCUCCAUGCACCACUCCACCCGUAAGCUGUCCUCUGCUUCAUACCACAACGGCGGCCUGAGCUCCGACUCCUAUCCAACCAGCCGCCGGCCCACUGAAAGCGGCAGUCCCACAAGCCCCUUCAGCACAGGCAGCGGUGGCGGAGGCUUCACUUUUGGCAGUGACUCUGCCCCCAGCUUGCCGGCCACAGCCUCAGACGACCUGAGCUUCGAAUUCAGUGGAUCCAACAUCUGGGCACCCUUCAUGAAUGGUGGCAAGCAGCCACAAGCAGUCCGCCGCAACAGCAGCGGCUUGAGCGGGGGCAACAUCACACCCCGCCUCUCGCCUACCCUGCCUGCUGACUCAGCCCUGGAUCACCCACUGGCCCGCCGGGCGCAGAGUGACCCCCUCAGCACGCUUUCCUGGCUCCAGACUGGAUCAUCCUUCUCCGGAGGCAGCAGCAGCAGCGGCGGAAGCACUACUGGCUACUCCUCUUGUUCCGCCUCCUCCCUACCUGGGGGUUCCCCCACCGACUCUGAAGGCGGUGGCAGCGGAGUGGGUGUGGCCUCUGGCGUCCUGGGCCGGCUGAAAGCCAGUGGCCUGGCCGGCAUGGUACCCGGCGGCAACAGGGACUGCUUCGUGUGCUUUGAAAGCGAGGUGACAGCGGCACUGGUGCCCUGCGGCCACAACCUGUUCUGCAUGGACUGCGCUGGGCAGAUAUGCCAAUCGCAAGAGCCUGAAUGCCCCGUGUGCCACACCCCUGCCACGCAAUGCAUUCGUAUCUUCUCUUAAUGCCACGCAGUCAGACCGGAUGAGGGUUGAGGGGGUUGCUGUCAUUGAAAACUUAUAGAACAUCCAGCUGUCCUACUAUUUAGAAAGUCUACAAUAAAACUUGUAAGGAAAGAGGAGGACGUGUAUCUGCAACCUGCCUACACUUAGGAUUGACAGUAAUAAGUACCAUAUUAAAUAUGACACUAUUCUGAUGUUGAUUUAUUAUUAUUAAUAUUAAUAAUAAUAACUAUGAUAAUGACAAUAUAAUUUACUGACUCAUGUACUUGUCCCAGGCUGUGGAAUCAGCAGGUUGUGUGGGUUUAUUUUUUUUUCGGGACUGAAAUUUCAUUGUGGACGAGGAGGAUGGAUACCAGUGUCUUAUCUUUCUUUAGGCAUUAAUUUUAUCUAACGCCGAUGAGUCUGUCCAUGUAUUAUACAUUCCCCUCCCCCCCUUCAUUUUUGCUUCUGAGCUCAGCCUGACCACAGGUUAUUAUUUUUUUGCUUGAGACUUUUUUCUACUUGCAGAUAUUUUUCGAUUUAAGCUGCAUAGGUCUGCACUUUUUUCUAAUGGUUCAUUUUGAAAUUUUUUCAGAGGGACGGGAAUGCGCUUUGUUUAUAAUCCCGCGUGUUUGCGUUUGCUGUUGAAGUGAGCGGCAACACUAUGACAACGAGCCUGUAACGGUGAGCUUGGAAAAACGCAAGACUGUGGAGCCUGCAUACCCGUCAGACCAAAAUAUUACAGAAUUUUUUUUUUAUGAUUAUCAAUGAAGAAUGAAACACUUAAUAUUUAUUCAAGUUAAGAGUUGAUAUCCAACAUAAUGGUUAAUGUUCAAUAUAAAGAUAAGUAGGUAGGUAGAAUAGUUAACGUUGCAUAAGAAAUAUCCUUACAGUGCUGAGAGGUUGGUGUUCCGACUGUCUCUUGUCUUUUGUCUCUCUAGCCUUGCAACCUUAAAACACUCAUACUCCAGUCCAGUGGAGGGCGCUGUUAACCCCUCUAUGGCUAAUUGUGAGCUCUGUGGCCUGUGUGUCUUCUAGCAUAGGGCAGACCGGUCAAAUACACUUCAUUACCACAGACACUCUUGUAUUUGCUACUACGAUCAAAAAAGGUCAGAUUUGUUAAUUCUAGUUUUGUGCUCUGACUCAAGGGGGCGCCAAAACUAACAUUUUAAAACACCACCACAGACAUCGCUCAGUCUGGAGUCGCCUUUUAGUCCACAGAAUACCUUAUCUGUUACAAUUUUUAUUGUUCUUAGAGAGAUUCUUUUAAACAUUAGCUGUCCUGGUUGUUGCUGCAGAGUUGGACAGACGUAGCCUCUUCUCCACCAACCACGAUGUUCAUUGAAUUUACUGAAUUAUAGGAUAGAUAGGUCUUUGUAACUUUGCAAGAAUGUUUCUCCUUACUGUGGAGGUAUGUGUGAGAGUGAGAGCGCGCGUGUGUGUGUGGAGGAGGAAGAAGAGGAGAAGG